AUGGAGUUACUCAAGGAGGUGGGAAUCAUAGGAGCCUCCCAUGGCUGGGUUGCAACUUUGAAAAAUGGAAUUGUGUGUCAAGAUGACCUAGAUCUCCAUGCACCGGAUAAUAACCCAAAACGCAUUCCUCUACCUCCUCUUGAAACUCUGCCUCAUAACCAAACCCAAAUAGUAACCAACAUAGCCAUGUCCUCUUCGUCUCCAGAGGAUGAAGACUGCAUCGUGGCUGUCAAGUUCUUGGGACCUCAGCUAAGCUUGUGUAGGCCAGCUCAGAGAGAUUGCACGUGGAGCAACAUCAGGAUCUCAGACCCCAGCUUCUUCUCCUCCCAUGUAAUGUACUCCAAGAGAGAUGAGAUGUUCUCCAUGCCCUCUUCUAGAGGCCACUACACUAGAUCAUGGGAUCUUGUGAGACACAUGAAGGAACCAAAGCUGCAGAUGCUGAUGCAGCCUCCUGAAGAUCAAAUUCCGAGAAUGACAAAGAGGGCGUGGCAGCGAUUGGAGUCGUGUUGUACGAAGCAACACUACUUAGUGGAGUCGUCACACACCGAUGAGACUUUUAUGUUGAAGUGGUACACACAAAGCAGACCCACUUUGAAUGUAUGGGACCAUUUCCUUUUGUUGAAGAUAGACAAGGAAGGGAAUGCUCUUUACACGAAAGACAUUGGAGAUCUCUGCAUUUUACUUUCUAGGUCCGAACCCAUAUGUAUCCCGGCUAAAUUGAACCGAAGAGCCAAAAACUGCAUCUAUAUGUUGACCGAGCACGAGUUUGCCAUUGUCGGUAUCGGCAGUAACCAGAAGUUUUGUAGAACACCUUUCACUUGCUCCUUACCUUGCUAUAUUUCAAAAAACUAA